UGAGCGCCAAUGGGAAAGUGGAACAGACCAACAGGUAGGCGUCCUCUGAGUGCGUGCCUCGGCUCAGACAGAGAAACAAGUGGACCGAGAAGACGAUAAACCGUUGGAAUGUGACCUGAGGCAAAACUUCGCACUGGUUUCCUGAUGAUACAAACAUUUACUUCUGAGAGGAGACGAGCCGCGUUCCUGUCACGUUCGGGUUCUCUUGGCUGGGGACCGAAAGUUGGGUUCCUGAUUAAUUCACUGGGAAAAUCCCAUUUGUCAUAUAAGAAGCGGGGACUCAAUGUGGAUACAACGCUGAAGCAGCAAUAUUGUCUCCAUCGCUGAGCUUCACUCCUCUGGGAUAACAACAGAGGACACACUGAGACUCAUCUGAUCCCAAGAGGUCAGAGUCUCUUUGACCCUGAUCUUCCUGCAGAAAGGACAUGGAGGUCCUGCGGCGGUCCUCUGUGUUUGCUGCAGAUGUCCUGGAUGUGUUUGACCGAUCGUUGACUGAGAAGGAGCUGGUGUCCCAGUCUAAAGCCUUGUGCAGGGACUACAUACUGUCCAGGCUAAACCAGAAUGGACUGGGAUGGUCCAAAACCGAACUCAACCUCUCGCCCUCAAAUGCAGCGCUCGCUGAGGUGUCUUUGGUGCUUCUCUGUCUUGGCGACGAGCUGGAGUGUAUACAGCCCUAUUUGUACAGGAACGUGGCACGGCAACUCAACAUCUCUGUUGCCAUGGAGAGUAUGGUUUCAGAUGCCUUCAUCGGCGUGGCAACAGAGAUCUUCUCAACAGGUAUUACAUGGGGUAAAGUGGUAUCGAUGUUCGCAGUAGCCGGAGCCCUGGCUGUUGAUUGUGUCAGAAUGGGUCACGCAACCACGGUUCACAUCUUAGUGGAUAGUCUGGGCCAGUUUGUCCGCAAGUUUCUGGUUCCUUGGUUGAAAAGACGAGGAGGAUGGGCGGAGAUUACCAAAUGUGUGGUGAAGAAGGAUCUUGCCCCUGAGUACCACUGGCUGUCGUCUGCCAUCGAGUCCCUGAAGUACUUCCUCACUACCAUGUACGUCUACAUCAUGAAGGAACCAUGACUCAGCACAGGAGUCCCCAUCGAUCGAAAUGUCAGACUUCCAUGACUUCGGUCAACAAUCGAUGGAGCGGAGAUUGUCGUACACAUCGGAUGGCCGUCGAAGUUUCAUCAGCGUUGUGUUCGUGUUGUCUCGUUGUCGGAUACGUGAUUACCCUUCAGCCAAAGAGUAGUCACGGUGAUAUUUUACAGCA